AGGCAGCAGCAGUCGGUUACGAAUAGGCGCACGGUGAUGUUGGUUACGGACGAUGCGCUGAACGGCCCGCACUGAAAACUGGUCGCUCGAUGCUCGACGCUCGAUGCAUUUUCAGCGCCCGUUUUCAGCGACAUGUGAACAUCAACUCUCGCUGUACGUUUCGCGCGGUCUCCGCAAUUUUUUUUUCACGUUUCCUGCUGCACUCCAUUCGAAUUCGUAUCGCCCGUCAUUCGGUCAGACACGAAAUUUCGAAGUCCCGGUUUUAAACGAUUCGUUUUAUUUUCGCAGUGUUUGUUUGUGAACGUUCAGGAAUUAUUACAAUCACCACGUUGAUGCGUUAGUGUCUUAUUCAGUUAUUGGAUGUCACCACAAUUUCUGCUUUACAAAACUUUCCUAAGAAAGAUGUAAAAUCAAGGAUUGUUGACAACAAUACAUAAGAAAAAACCAACUUCGACCAAAGCUGCAAUCUUUCGUUAAAUUGGAGAAUCAAUGUAGGACGUAAUGUGCUUGAACGGCUGUGGACGUUUUUGGACGACGGUGCAGAUAAUAUGGAGUACCCUGUAUAUUAUUUGCGGCGGUUUCCAAUUGGUCGCCGGCAUCUUUUUCCUCAUAUCCGUGCGUGAGUUGCAGCCCUACUCGACACUCUUCACCGGAACAUGGAACAUAAUAUUGGGAAUAGUUGGGGGAAUGAUCGCCUGCAUCAACCCGAUGUCGCCCAGAAGACAGGAGAUUUUCAUUUAUCUGGCGAUAUCAAUUCUAACGGUUAACUUUGUUAACGUUAUCUUGUCAGAAUGGGAACUCUACUUUUUGGACAAGGCCAAACUUCAUCAGAAUCACUCCAAUCACAUGCUCAUCGAUUAUGCGUGUUUUGCAAUACGAAUCGCCGAAGCGUCAGCGCUGCUUGUCUCUCUUCUCGACAGUCAGUUAUCGUUCUGUUCGAUGCACGUGUCGCCGCCAAGAGAUGUCAAGUUGCGUGGCUCCCACGAACAAGUUUCCGAUAUUGAGUACAUCAUCCCUAGGCCGAAGUCUUCCAAACCGCAUACGGUUUACGACGCGUAUGCGCAAAGUUGGGUCUUCGACGCCGAAAACGCGGGCUGUUCCACCAACCCGGCUUCCUCACCCUACACGAAAAUCACCCAGAACGGUACCCCGAGAGAUCCGACGCCGAAAUCCAAUGGGAUACAGAACGGCGUCGUGAAAGACACCACCCAUUUAAUCGACAACCCCGUCGUUCACAUUGAGGAAGCGUCCGACGACAGCACCAGCAACAGCGACCGGAAGCUGUGCCACAUGAAGAGCUUUUCGAGAUCCGCGUCGCCGGUCGUGCUCUCUGCCAGUUCCAGUCAGAUCAGUUUGAAUCUUGCGCCGGCGAAUCAUCCCCAGAUCUACGAAUGCCUGGAGAAGCUUACGGAGCCGACCAUUUAUAGAUCUAGGUUGAACACCGCCGUAAGCAGCAAGAGCGACGACGAACCUCAUUAUCACUCGCCGCAGGCCGUGAUGAUGCGCCGCAUGGAAUCCAUCAGCCCGCACGGCGAGAAAGUGCAGUACGCGUCGUUGAUGAAAGAACUACAACGGGCCAUCGUGAACAAGAAGGACCCGACGAGCGUGACAUCGCCGCAAUCGACAUCGGACAGCACGACCCAGCCGAAUUCGAACAGUUCGCGUCAGGAUUCGUCUAGGUCGGACGGCGGCGGCGGCAAGAACAGCGACGCGGAAUUCUCCAAGGAGCUGGAGGCUGCCCUACAGCUCAUCCAGGAUCUGGAAAGUCCGAACACGAUAGAGACGCCCUCGGAGCAGAAGGAGGGCAGACCGUUGGCGGUUUGGAGGAACAGUGACGCUAGUGAAAGUGAAAAGACGCUGAGUGCAGUCGGAUCCCUGGCGGAGAUCACGUCUCCGAUAACCGAGUGCCAACCCGAACUGUACACGUUCAAGCCGUCGUCGAACGGUAAGGGCGCCAGUGUUGUAGUCCACUACCCCGAUUCCCAAAGCACGUCGGGAUACAGUUCGCCGACCCACCAAAGCAACAACCCCACACCGAACUGGUCAACCACCUCCUCAAUGACCGGUAGCAAUAACGACAUCGUCAAACCCAUCUCAUACUCGAUUCAUAACGCCAAAUCGACCACAGUCAUUUCGUUGUACACACAACCCCACGAACAGUCCAAAGGUAAAUCAGUCACCCUAGUCACCAUCAGCGGCGAUAACCUGCCCAAAACCCAACAGCUCCUCAGCUCCACACUCAUCUCCAAAUCUCCCGAUCCGGAUCCCGUUACUAAUCACGAAUCCAUAGAGUCGCGAUUCAGCGACCGACCGAUCAGUCCCAUCCGCACUCUGCCCGCCCAGACGGUCUGGAACGUGAAAUCGCUGUUGAGGAAGAAAAAAGCUGUACCGAAACUAUGUCCGGAAUUAGAGGGCGCUAUCAUUAAAUCGGAAAGCUUAGCGUACUUGUCCGAGCAUGAGUUGCUUGCCAGACACCAGCGGAACAAAGAAAUCCAAAGGGAAAUAGAGGAAAGAGUGAUCCAACAACUGGGCGUGCCAAGGACUGAAUCUAAUUGUUAGUUAUUAGAGAAAAAAAAAAAAAAGAAACCAAUUCCAAUAUUCCGAAAUCCCUCGAUGUUUAGCUGCUGGGCCAGCUCGUCCAUUUUCAAUUCACUUUAUCUAAAUUUGGUAAUUUAUAUAUUUUUUCGAACAAUUUGUAUAAUUCUAUUAUGUAAAUACAUACUGUUAUUAUAGUUAUAUAGUUUAUAAUAUAAUUCUAUUGUAUAUAUUCAAAUUCUACAUUCUUUUAUAAAUAAACAUUCCAUGACCAA